AUGGCGUUUGAGAUGGCCCUGUGUUGUGCAGUGCGCCGGAGCUUCCACUGCCCAUCGUGCCCACCACCAGCUCCCGGCGGCCGUGGACGCGCCCAACUCACUACCGUGGCGAUGGAGGAGGCCCGGAUCGACGUCGCGUCGCUGCGGGACACGGUGCAGCGGCUCGAGGCCAGCGUCGUCGUCGUCGCCGCCGCCAAGCCAAGGGGCCGCUUCGACCGCGACCUGCAGCGGGUCAGCGGCGAGCUGCGGGUGGCGCUGGCCGCUGAGGAGAAGAACAAGCGGGCCAUGGAGAAGUUGGUGCUGGCGCUCAAGGAGGUGAACGCGGAGCUGCACACCACGCGGCAGCAGCUGGCGCACGCGCAGCACGAGUCGGAGACGGCGAGGCUGGAGUCGGACCGGCUGCACGUGUCCCUGAAGCUCAAGGACGACAAGGUCCGCGCGCUAUCCGACGAUGUGGCCCGCCUCCGCUCCGACGCCGAGGAGGCGUUCGCCGCGUUCCGGGGCAAGGAGGUCGGGUUCACGGCGUGCAUGAAGUCGUCGGAGGCGGAGCUCGCCGCGUCCCGGCGCGAGAACGCGCGGCUCCUCGAGUCGCAGCGGUCCGGGCGGCACGAGGUGGCCAAGCUGAAGCAGGCCGUCAAGGACACCAAGUUCGACAAGGAGGCGCUGGAGGAGGCGAGGAGCGAGAACGCCAUGCUCAAGGAGAUGGUCGGGAGCAAGGACACCACCGUCAAGUGCAACAAGGAGGAGCUGGAGUGCCUCCGGGUGAGCGAGGCCGCGGCGCGCGACAGCGUCAAGGAGCUGCAAAGCCUGCUGGUGGCCACGUCGGUGAGCCCCACCCCCACGCCGUCCGCGGUGGCGGGAGCGGGAAGGUCGUUCGACCUGGAGGACCUAUCGUCGCCGUCGCCGCGGACGCCGACGGACGGGAUCGACGGGAUCGCACUGGAGUAG